AGUGAUAAAGCAGCAACGUUGAUGUAGAGUGAUAAAGCAGCAAAAGAAAUGCCAGCAGCUAUCCUGUCUCCAUCAUCAGCUUCCAGAAUUUUCACCUCGACAACUCUUCUUAAACCCUCUACUGCAUCUUCUCUUCUACGGACACUCUCUCCUUCUCUCUCCGCUUCCCGCUUUCAAGUUCGUGCAAUGGCUGACUCUGCUUCUGCGGCUGACUCUGCUUCUGCUCUUUUCAAGAAAAUCCAAAUCCAGAGAGAAGAUACUACAUUUGAUGCAUAUGUGGUGGGCAAAGAAGAUGCACCUGGGAUUGUAGUGCUUCAAGAAUGGUGGGGUGUUGAUUUUGAGAUCAAGAACCAUGCUGUAAAAAUCUCCCAAUUGGAGCCUGGAUAUAGGGCGCUUAUCCCUGAUUUGUACCGGGGAAAGGUAGGCUUGGAUGUUGCUGAAGCGCAACAUUUGAUGGAAGGUCUUGACUGGCAAGGUGCUGUUAAGGAUAUACGUGCUUCAGUUAAUUGGCUCAAGGCUAACGGUUCAAAGAAGGUAGGAGUAACUGGGUUUUGCAUGGGAGGUGCUCUUUCCAUCGCAAGUUCUGUUUUGGUCCCUGAGGUUGAUGCUGUUGUCGCAUUUUAUGGUGUUCCUUCAUCAGAGCUUGCUGACCCUGCCCAGGCUAAGGCACCUAUUCAAGCUCAUUUUGGAGAGCUUGAUAAUUUUGUUGGGUUUUCAGAUGUUACGGCUGCCAAGGCUUUGGAGGAAAAGCUGAAAGCAUCUGGAAUUCCUUAUGAGGUACACAUUUAUCCGGGCAGUGCACAUGCUUUCAUGAACAGAUCUGAAGAAGGUAUUAAGAGGAGGAAGGGCAUGGGAAUGCCCGAUGACAAUGAAGCUGCUGCUCAGCUGGCAUGGUCUCGUUUCAGCUCAUGGAUGGGUCGUUAUUUAUCGGCAUAACUAAUUGGCAUACGCCAUUGAGUACUGGCAUUGAAUGUCAAGUUGGUAGGAAGGCCCAAGUAUUUUACCCAAGUGUGUUUCAAUGCGAACUUUGAGGACUUGUUAUAUUUAUGAAAUGAGUUAGUUUGCUUGUAAUAACGAGCCGGUGUCAGCUUGCAUUGCCAUUUGAUAUGGACUUCGAAUAAUUUCUGGAUGUAUAUAUGCUAAAAACUGUUAAAUCUGCAAGAAUGGUUGUCACCAUUUCUGUGCAUGAUUCUGAAAGUAAAGACAAUGUGUUCUUAUGCAAGGUUUGAUAAUGGGCAAUGCUGGUGGGCAUAAAUUAAGUAUAUUUGAAGCUCAAGAAUACAGAAAUAUAUUUAGAAAAUAAAGAUUUAAAGCUGAUCAUAGGUUUUUUUA